AUAGAACCCUAACUUCUCUAUAUCUUCUCUUCAUCUUUACAAAAAUGAUGAGCCAAAGUUCAGGGUCUGAUGCAAAUUCAAUUAGCCGUAGCUGGAGUCCUAUUUGCAAAUGUGAUGAAGAGAAGCCAUUUGGUUGGCAAAAAGUGAGCUUGUUGGAGGCGAGAGAUGAGAUUCGUCAUCUAAAAGAGUCUGUAAAGGCAAUGAAAGAACAUAUGGUGAGUGUCUCAGGGUCUGCAAAUUACGAUCAUCUGAAGAAACCCAAGGAAGAGAAGAAGAAGCUUGAGGAAGAGAUGAAGAAAAUGGAGGAAGACAAGAAGAAACUGGAGGAAGAGAAGAAGCAACUGGAGGAAGAGAAGAAAAAGCUUGAAAUUGAAGUUAUGGGUUGUAAUGAGAGGGAAAAAUGCUUAGGCAGUUGAUUGUGUUGUCUUGGGGAUGCUUAAUUGUUGUUGUUGCAAUGUGCCUUGGAAUGGGAAAACAAGUAAAAGUCUAGUUUGUUG